GGACCUGACGAGUGUCCUGUUUUUGUCUGUCGGUGCCAUGGCGGCUGCCCUGCUGGGCCGGGCUCUGGCCGCUCUUCCCAGCGCCCGGCACAUUCUCAGGUUCAGUCAUGUCAAUAAUGGAAAAGUGGAACUGGCAUUUUUGGAAAAAGUUAAAAAUUUCUUCUGUUUCACAGAUGUGAGCAUUUUGGAGAUAGCAAAAAAAAUUGCAUAUGCUUGGAAAGAGCUACCAGUGUCAGAGAAACAAACAUAUGAAGCAGCUGCAAAGGUAGAGAGGCAAGCAUACAAAGAAGAACUGGCCAAAUACAAAGCACAGUUAAGUCCAGCCCAGAUAGUAGCUUUGAAAGAAGAAAGGAGACAAAAACGUGCGAAAAGAAAAGCAAUGAGGAAAAAGAGGGAAUUAACAGUGCUUGGAAAGCCUAAAAGACCUCGUACUGGCUUUAACAUUUUUAUGUCUGAACACUUCCACGAAGCUAAGGGAAUUUCAGUUCAGGCAAAGAUGAAGAAUUUAUUUGAAGAAUGGCAAGAUCUAUCCAGUUCUCAAAAGCAGACAUAUCUACAGCUUGCUGAAGAUGACAAGGUUCGGUAUGAAAAUGAAAUGAAGUCAUGGGAGGAGCAAAUGGUUGAUGUUGGACGUGAAGAUCUGAUACGUUACAAAAACAGAAGACUCAAAAAAUCAAGAGUUGCAACAGAGAAGAAAACUGUAAAAAAUGUUGUUUCAAAAAAGAGGGUUAAAACUAUAAAGAAGAUUCAAAGAACUAAAGAUUCUUCAUCACCAGAAGUUAUAGCAAAAUUAAAGACAAAAAAUUCUGAAGAAUAAAGCUGGUAAAUGUUUUAUAUUUAAUUACUUGAUUGCCAUGACUUUAUUCAACUUGUGUUAAUGCACUUAGCACUAGCACUGAAUUUUUGAAAAAAUAAGAUGGUUUAUAUAAGAUAUUUAAGAAAAAAUUGGGUAAGAGAGAUUUGAAUAUCUCCCUCAGAAUUAUCUAGAGAAAUGAUCUUUGCAGGUGUAACAUAGUCUGUAUAAACCUAAUCAACAUUAAUCAAGCUGUGAAUACUUUUGAUACCGAUUGAUUGUGAUGGGACGAGCAUUCUUGGACCCACAAUAAUGCAGACAAGUAUUAGUUUUUGUAAUUUAUACGAUAUUUUAAUGAGAGCAACCAUAAUCUGUGAUAUUAUCUUCUAGAUGUUGUAACUAAUUGGGAGAUGAAACUCGAAUUUACAACAGAAGUAUGUUCUGUUUCCUCCCUAGUGUUAGUAGCGCAUGCAUUAGCUGGAAAUAAAUGUCUGGGUAUGUAUUUUUUGCUAAUUUCAGUUCCUCUCACAACAAAUGUAAACUUCAGAAUUAUGUACACAUUUAGUUGUUACUUGCAUCCAUAUUCAUCUGUGUACCACUUGUAUGUAUCACACAUCUAUGCAUACAUUUAAGUUGAAUAGAAUAAAAAAAUCAAUGAGUUUUGUACAAAAUA